AUAAUACAGAUGUCUUAAAAAUAAUUGAUAAUGAAGAUGAUCAAAAUCAAGAUUUUGAACAAAUUGAAUUACAAAUAGGAUCUGAAAAUAUUGGAACUGCUGCAUUUGAAGUUUCUCGACUCUUAUUAGACAAAUCUGAUGAUAGUGAAGAAAUUAUAGAUGAAAAUAAAAUAACAAAUUCUUUAACAAAAUUUCCUGAUUUACAAUAUAUCCUUAAUCAAAAACCAAUUCCUCAAAGACAAUUUGAAAAGUUUAAUCUAUUUUUUAUACCUGAAGGAUUUUUGUGUUCUAAAUACGAAGGAAAUACCGGGAUUGAUUCUACUAUUCCAGUUGGUAACAUAUUGUCAUUAGAACCAUGUCAGUGCUGUUCCUGUUAA